AUGGAUGAAGCUUUAAUCGCCACCAUCAAUAAGCUACAGGAUGCUUUGGCUCCUUUGGGAGGAGGAUCACAAUCCCCUAUCGAUCUUCCUCAAAUCACCGUGGUUGGCUCACAGUCCUCGGGUAAAUCUUCGGUUCUUGAAAAUAUCGUGGGGCGGGAUUUCUUGCCUCGUGGUACUGGAAUUGUGACAAGAAGGCCUUUAGUGUUGCAAUUGAUCAACAAACGAGGUAAAAAGGCAAGCAAUGAUUUGUUAGAGUUGCAAAAUGAAGGCGAGUCAAAAGGUGGGCAGUCAGAGGACAACGUCAAUGAGUGGGGUGAGUUUUUACACAUUCCAGGUAAAAAAUUCUACAACUUUGACGAAAUCAGGCAAGAGAUCGUGGCGGAGACUGACAAGACCACAGGUAAGAAUGCGGGUAUUUCUUCUGUGCCAAUCAAUCUGAGAAUUUACUCACCACAUGUGCUGACUUUGACAUUGGUAGAUUUGCCAGGGUUGACGAAGGUUCCAGUCGGCGAUCAGCCUGCCGAUAUUGAGAAGCAAAUUAAAGACAUGCUGCUCAAAUAUAUUUCCAAACCAAACGCCAUCAUCUUGUCUGUGAACGCUGCUAACACAGAUUUAGCUAACAGUGAUGGGUUGAAACUAGCCAGAGAGGUUGACCCGGAAGGAACAAGAACCAUUGGUGUUCUCACAAAAGUUGAUUUAAUGGACCAGGGUACCGAUGUGAUCGACAUUCUGGCUGGUAGAGUGAUUCCUCUGAGAUACGGAUACAUUCCUGUCAUCAACCGUGGUCAAAAGGAUAUCGAGGGCAAGAAAACAAUCAGGUUCGCCUUGGAGGAUGAAAGGAGGUACUUCGAGAACCACUCGUCGUACAGUUCAAAAGCUCAUUACUGUGGCACUCCAUAUUUGGCAAAAAAGUUGAACUCUAUAUUACUACACCAUAUCAGACAGACUUUGCCUGAUAUAAAGAACAAAAUAGAAAUGACUCUUAAGAAGUACCAGACUGAGCUUCUGAACUUGGGUCCCGAGACAAUGGAUUCCCCAAACUCCAUCGUCCUGAGCAUGAUUACCGACUUUACCAAGGAAUACAAUGGAAUCUUGGACGGUGAAGCUAAGGAGUUAUCGAGCCAAGAGCUCUCUGGUGGUGCUCGUAUCUCUUUCGUUUUCCACGAAAUUUACAAGAACGGAGUUAGGGCAUUAGACCCAUUUGAUCAGAUCAAGGACUCAGACAUUCGAACCAUAAUGUACAACAGCUCAGGAUCUGCUCCUUCUUUGUUUGUGGGAACCGAAGCUUUCGAAGUCUUAGUGAAGCAACAAAUCAAGCGUUUUGAAGAACCCAGCUUGAGACUGGUGAGUCUUGUUUUUGACGAAUUAGUUCGUAUCCUAAAGCAAAUUAUCUCACAGCCAAAAUAUGGCAGAUAUCCUGGACUAAGAGAGGCGAUGUCGAGUUGUUUUGUUCAGUUUCUAAAAGAUGCGAUAAUACCCACCAACACAUUUGUAUCAGACAUAAUAGGCGCAGAGCAGACGUAUAUUAAUACAGCCCACCCCGACCUAUUGAAAGGAUCUCAAGCCAUGGCGAUGAUAGAAGAAAAGCUCCACCCUCGGCAAGUUGCGGUCGACCCUAAAACUGGCAAACCUUUACCUCAUCAACCAGUGCAACAACCAACUACUCAAUCAGAGGACAAAUCUGGAUUUUUUGGAGGCUUUUUCUCGUCUAAAAACAAGAAGAAACUUGCUGCUUUAGAAUCCCCUCCUCCAGUUUUGAAAGCCACUGGCCAAAUGACUGAGCGGGAAACAAUGGAGACAGAAGUUAUCAAACUGCUUAUUGAGAGCUAUUUCAAUAUCGUUAAGCGCACCGUGGCCGAUGUGAUCCCCAAGGCUGUCAUGCUAAAAUUGAUUGUGAGAAGCAAGAACGAUAUUCAAAAGAUGCUACUCGAAAAGCUUUAUGGCAAUCAAGACAUCGCGGAAUUAACCAAAGAAAAUGAUAUCACUAUUCAAAGACGCAAAGAAUGCCAGAGAAUGACUGAAAUCCUACGAAACGCAAGUGAAAUCGUCUCCUCAGUCUAG